AUGGCCAUCGGAGGGAUUGUAGCCUUCCCAGCAUUCGUGUAUUGGGAGGCUAAGACGGUGACUUACCAAGUGAUUCCAGUGGAAGUGCUGAAGAAUCGAACAGUCAUGGUGCUUGCAUCAAAUCUAUUUUGGCUGGAAGGCAACCUUCGGUUCCGUCUAGGUUGGAUUGGCAGUAUCGCAGCUGUGGCAUCUCAGACUGGUGCCCAGGGGAGUUUGCCUCACCAAGAUGUGGCUCUGGUGACGGCGGUUGUCUUGCUUACAGUGGAGCCGGGUAGUGUGGUAGGAUUCCCGGGUCUGGUCGCCACUACUUGGCCCGACUUACGUUCGGAGCCUCGGAAACUCAUGCACGAUGCAUUCUCAGCCGAGAGAGAUCUACUUAUUCCUGCCCUGGCUCCAGCCUUCAUUCCUGUUGCCGCGUCUUUGUUCGUGCAAGAUUUCAAACUCAACAAGAUACAGAAUACUGUUGAAGCCAGAGAUGUGACAGACGAAUUGGCAGUCACUGAAUCAGCAGAAGAAGUUCCGGGGAAGCGAGAGUGUCCUGUCGCGCUUCUGUCGCCACUUCUCAACUUAGCCACUAAUUGA